AUGGACGAUGAGAGAAAUCAGCAAAAUGGAGAACGAGUUGAAAAUAUUAAUCCAGCUGUCAUAGUCGGUAGUGUUGAACCAACCGGACAGGAAAAUUUAAAUUUAUUUUAUGUAAACGUAAACGAAUAUGCAAGUAUUGAACGAAAACAAUUUCAAAACAUCACUGAAGACAAUGUGGAUGAAAUUCAACCUACAGAUGACAAUAAAUUGGUUGAUGCCUUUCUAUACGCCAACACGGAAGAGUUCUUCAAACGUAGAGUGUCAGUUGAUAAACUCAGAGAUUUCGUAAAAAACAAAACAGACCUUGAAUACAUUGAGGAAUUUAUGGACUUACCACCAGGUCUCAUUAAACCUUUUAAUGAGUCACAGAAGACAGAAAAUAUUAGGAAAAAUCGUUAUAAAGGUGUUUAUCCAUAUGACAGCAGAAGAGUUAUUGUGAAAGACAUGGAAUCAGACUUCAUUAAUGCUAGCUAUAUAGACGGUUAUAAACGACAAAAGGCUUAUAUAGCAUCUCUAGGACCAACAAUUAAACAAAUGGGGGAUGAUUUUGGAGUGUUCUGGAACAUGGUCUGGCAAGAAAGAGUUUGUAAAAUAGUAAUGCUGACCAAUCUGACAGAGCUAGGUGUGAAAAAAUGUGACAAGUACUGGCCAGAUAAAGACGUGUGUUGCACUUAUGGAGAUGUAAAAGUUACGGGUAAAUCCGAGGAAAUCUAUCCCUGUUUUACUGUCAGAAUAUUCUCCAUCGAGAAAUUUGAAAAGAGAAUACUUUAUCAAAUGCACUUUACUGCAUGGCCAGACAAAAGUACACCUAAAGAUGCACAUACCAUUGUAGAGUUUUGGGAGAAAGUCACACGAAUACCUACGUUUGAGCUAGGGCCCAUAAUAGUACACUGCAGUGCAGGGGUUGGACGAACAGGUACAUUUAUUGCAUUGGACAUACUAGCGAAUGAGGGAGUUUCCGAGAGAACAGUGGAUAUAUUUGCAUGUGUCAGAAAUCUUAGAGAGGAUCGAGUUAGUUUAGUACAAACAGUGGAACAAUACAGAUUCCUCCACGACGCUUUGGUACUGCUGCUUGAUUCUCACACAUCUGUGAAGGCUCUGCUUGCAAACGAUGCAACCGUUCAGAAUGAUUCUCCCGACAAAAUAAGCAAGACUGCUGAAUAAACUAAGGAGAGACAAUUGAAACAAUUAUGUUGUACAAUAGAAUAAUUGUGUUUAUUCCAAUAAUUGUGUAAAUAAUGAUAUUAACUAGACUAAAUUAGGUUCUUUCCGUGUGUAAUAUUAGAGAGGAUAAUAGUUAUGUAAUAUUUAUACAAAAAUUGCAUACCCGUCUUCUUUUGGUGAUUGCAACAAUGUUACCGUCAUUGU